AUGCCACCGGAAGCGUCAAUCAACCGUGAAUCCAAUAUCAACGUAGAGACGAACAUCCACCGGUACAGUGGAACCAUACCACCAAGAAGACACCUACAUAUAAAUCUCAGUAAUGCGACGACAUACUGUCAGCCAGUGGCCCUUCGUGAGAUCCGUCGGUACCAGAAGAGCACUGAACUCCUUAUCCGUAAGCUGCCGUUCCAGCGUCUCGUGCGAGAAAUCGCUCAGGACUUCAAGACCGACUUGCGCUUCCAGAGCUCGGCCGUCAUGGCUCUGCAGGAAGCGAGUGAAGCAUAUCUCGUGGGACUUUUUGAAGAUACCAACCUGUGUGCAAUCCACGCCAAGCGAGUGACCAUCAUGCCGAAGGACAUCCAGUUGGCCAGACGCAUCCGUGGAGAACGGGCUUAA